GAGGCAUGCAAGCAACCCACUAGUAACAUGAGCAAGAAUGAUAAUACUUUAAACAAAAGCAUCUUCACAAAACAAAGGACUAAAUUCAACUUCAGAAAAUCGGUAUUUUUUUACAAUUCUUUGAUAGUUUGUCUUGGUAGUAACAUCAAUGCAGUGAAUAGUGAACCACGUCGAACUCAGACCACGCUGUUUCAGGAUAAGUACUUAUUCAAUCGUUCUGUCAUCUCCAUUAAUGGUAAAUUUCAUUCCCUCGGGAAAGACUUUACACAAGAGCUGAACGGUUCAGCAGCUAUAUUGGAUUCAAACGAGAAUGGAUACUAUAUUCCGAAAGAUAUGUCGGCAAAUGUCGGUAUUCGUCGACAACACUCGAAAACAUCCGAUGGUAAAACACGUACCAGUGCUAGGUAUGGCACUGUGUGGUUAGACCAUGGUGUAAAUCCUGUAUCAGCGAAUUAUGAAUAUGCCAUUCUUGUCGCAACAGACCUCGCUAACAUAGAAGCUCUGAGAAAGGCUCAAGCCUCUGAUUCACCAGUAUACAAAGUCCUUCACAAAAGUUCCAGGGCUCAUGUGGUUCGUUUUGAAGAGAACACAGCAGUUCCUGGUUUAACGUAUGGUUAUGUUUUCUAUGAUCCAAAAAAUCUGCAAUUGAUAGAGGGUCCUGUUGAAAGUGUUAGCGCAGAGUGCGUGGUUAUGGCCCAAAUUGAUGCUCCGAACUUUUCAAAUAUGAAUCUAAGUUUGAGUUCACCUGAUUUGAACUACAAUACGACGAAGAAACUUCGAGAUUCCUCGGAUAACGGCAUCAAUGAAUAUUUCUAUAUGAGAAGUCAACCUGUUAAUAUCACAGUAUAUCUGACGAGAUCAGUUGUUUCACAUAGAGUGUUGGUGAAUGGAAAAACUUUGCCAGAAUCAAGCUUCAAUCAUUAUGUAACUGUGAAACCUGGUGACCUGCAACACCCGACAGUUGGUGGUAGAGAGGUCGUUUUCAAGAAUCUAAUAAAUGGGGAAAGCGUUGAGGUCCAUCUCACAGCUGUUGAGAAAGACUAUCCUCUGAAUUGAAAUCUUUAGUCUUUUACAAUAUAGCUGUAAGGUCUCUUUUAUUAUCUUGUGAUACGAAAAGCCUCUUGCAUGAAAGGUCACCUGAUGAGGGGGCACUGGGCAGGGCGAGACUUAGGCAAG